AUUGCUAAGAAGAAGAGUCUUAUAAAAAGUUGAAGUUUUUAUUUGCUUUCAAGAGGUUUCACCUCGUUCACAUCAGCCUGAGCUGAAUUUUGGGGAUUUCUGUCUGAAAUUUAUUAUUCUUCGGUUUUGUUUAUUUUUCUUACGCAGUUUUCAGAUAGUGUUGCUUAGGUUGGUCGCGAGCUAUAUGUUCGUAAUACUUAUGUCAUAUUUGUUCCUUAAACCUUUCCUCAUCUGUUGUCUACUUAUCUAAGUUAAUCAUAGUUUUUUUCAUCAUCUGUCUGUCUGCAUUUGUGAAGUUUUGGAAUAUAUGUCUCAAAUUCUUAAUUCUAGGGUUUCCGAAUAGUGAAUUUCUUAUUUUGGGAUCGUAAGCUAUAUGUUUUUCUGAAACUUUCUUUCUUCAUUUGUUGUUAUGCAGAAUAGUAACUACAGAAAGAAGACAAAUGGUUGAUAGAAGGAAAUCGAACCAGGCUCGUUUCAAAGGGUUGAGCAAAGAUAAGACAAGCGAAUUACCUGAUCCUUUGAUCUGUCAGAUACUUUGUCAUCUUCCCACAAAGGAUGUUGUGAGGACAAGCGUUUUAUCCACCAGAUGGAGGAGUUUCUGGCAUUGGACAAACUCAAGUUAACCAUUUCUGGAAAUGAAGACAAUGUAGAUGUUGCCUCUUCGUUCACCUCAUCGCUUGAUGCUGUAGUUAAGCGUAAGAUCCAAGAUCUGUAUGUUAUAUGUCUGGCAAAGUCCUAUGAGAUGCCCCCAAGCAUUUUUAACUGUGAGACACUGGUAUCCUUAAAGCUCAAUUUUGAGCCCUUUGCUAGUGCCGAGUUUGUUUCAUUACCAUGUCUGAAGACUUUGGAUUUAGAGUAUCCCAAUGAGGCCAUUUUCGGGAGACUUGUCUCCUCCUGCCCUGUCCUAGAGGAGUUAAAUAUUGUCAUAUUUGCCAUCGUUCGGGUGCUCUCUAAGUCGUUGAAGAGCCUCAGUAUAUGUAUACUCUUUAGUUGUUCAGCAGGAGUUGUAAUUGAUGCUCCUCAACUGUGCUUUUUUAGCAUCAAAUAUAAAUUAUUAGAAAGCUUUGUAAUAGUCAAUAUAGAUUCCAAAGCCAAGUUAUACCUUGAUGUUGACUUUCAAUUUAACUUUUUUUACAAACCAAUCUUUUCAUCAGACAGAGAUAGACUCCGCAGUUUUCUCCCUGUGAUUUCAAAUAUCAGGGAUAUGACAGUAUCGGAAAACACUUUCAAGCUCUUCUAUCAAUACUCGAAAUUUGAACCGUUCCCUCAGUUUGGUAACAUGUCCCGCCUGCAUGUCACUCUCUGCGUAUCCAAUUUGAUAUGGUUACCAAACUUUCUUGAGAGCUGCCCAAACUUGAAAUCCCUAACCAUGGUAUGCAGUGGUGGUUAUGACAAAAUAAAUGAAAUCAGCUUUUCAUCUGUGCCUGAGUGUUUUUGCUAUCGUCUGUCGAGUUUGUUGAGCUGAAAGACCCGAAUCGGGGAUAUGUUGCUGAAAUGGAGCUAAUAAGAUACUUCCUAACAAAUUCGGUUAUCCUCAAAACACUCACUCUGUGUUUGGAUUCUUCUUCAUCAAAAGAUGACAUCUUUAAGAAACUCCUCAAAAUCCCA